GUCUAUGUUUGUUGGUGACGUUUUCGAUCCAAGUGCGAUUUUGAUGGAAACUAAAAUUUGUUAAAAGCGUGAAAGAUUUCCUCCAAGUUUUGUGUAGCGGUACCGAAGGAUUAUGUGGAAUUCAUAUUUUUAUGUGUAUCGUUUAUGAUAGCUGGGUACUAGUAAUUUCUGUGGAAUUUAUCAAGCAAUAACGUCAUGGCUCUCCUGUCGUAUGUGCUUUGCGCAUUUCUGUUUUUGACACCUAUCCAUGCAUUUUAUUUACCCGGCUUAGCGCCAGUAAACUAUUGCAAAGCUGGUGAAGAUACAGGGAAGUCAUGUAAAAAUGAGAUCCCCCUAUUUGUGAAUAGGUUGAACACAGAAGAAUCUGUCAUACCAUUUGAGUAUCAUCAUUUUGAUUUCUGUUUGUCUGAUGAGACACAAUCACCUGUUGAGAACCUUGGGCAGGUUGUAUUUGGUGAAAGAAUAAGGCCGAGUCCAUACAGACUAAAAUUCCUAGAGAAUGUUGAAUGUCAGGCAGUGUGUACGAAGUCUUACAGAGCCUCCGAUCCGGAUUCAAUUAAGAAAUUGAACUUGUUGAAAAUGGGAAUGGCUUUAUAUUACCAACAUCACUGGAUCUUGGAUAAUAUGCCGGUGACAUGGUGUUAUCUGGUUAAUGAAGAUGGCAAAGUCUACUGUAGCACAGGCUUCCCGAUGGGUUGUCAGAUACGCAGUGACAUGGACACAUGUACACCAAUAGUUAACAAUAUACCAAACAAAGCUGGCGCAUACUAUCUGUUCAAUCAUGUGGACUUGGAGAUAACAUAUCACAGUGGUAAAGAGGAAGAAUGGGGUGUCGGAUUUGGUGAUAAUGAAGGACGUAUUAUUUCUGCCAAGGUGAAACCUGCAAGUAUAAAUCAUGCGAACCCUGACCAUCUGGAUUGCAACAACCGAAACCUUCUCGAAAUACCCCACACUCUACUAAAAGAUGACAAAUUCAGUAUCACAUACUCUUACAGUGUCAAAUUUAUUAAAAACAAUACAAUAAAAUGGUCAUCGAGAUGGGAUUAUAUAUUGGAGUCGAUGCCACAAACUAAUAUCCAGUGGUUUUCAAUACUUAACUCUUUAGUUAUUGUUCUGUUUCUGAGCGGAAUGGUUGCUAUGAUAUUGUUGAGAACUUUACAUAAAGAUAUAGCAAGAUAUAAUCAAAUGGAAUGUGGUGAAGAUGCACAGGAGGAAUUUGGUUGGAAAUUGGUGCACGGAGAUGUGUUCAGACCACCUCGUCGUGGAAUGCUUCUUGCUGUUUUCCUCGGUUCUGGAGCACAGGUGUUUGGUAUGACAUUAGUGACCUUGGCCUUUGCCUGCCUCGGUUUCCUGUCUCCGGCUAACCGAGGGGCCCUGAUGACGUGUGCGCUGGUGGCCUGGGUGUUGCUGGGGGCUGCGGCCGGCUACGUCAGCGCCAGGAUCUACAAGAGCUUUGGUGGUAGACGGUGGAAGAGCAAUAUACUGCUCACUUCGAUGGUGUGUCCCGGUGUGGUGUUCUCGCUGUUCUUCAUAAUGAACCUGGUGCUGUGGGGCAAGGGCUCGUCUGCGGCGGUGCCCUUCAGCACGCUGGUGGCGCUGCUUGCGCUCUGGUUCGGUGUCUCUGUACCACUUACAUUCAUCGGAGCAUACUUUGGAUUUAGGAAGAGGAUCCUGGAGCACCCGGUGCGCACGAACCAGAUCCCGCGGCAGAUCCCGGAGCAGUCGCUGUACACGCAGCCCGUGCCCGGCGUCGUGAUGGGCGGCGUGCUGCCCUUCGGCUGCAUCUUCAUACAGCUCUUCUUCAUCCUCAACUCGCUCUGGUCCAGCCAGAUGUACUACAUGUUCGGCUUCCUGUUCCUGGUGUUCGUGAUCCUGGUGAUCACGUGCUCGGAGACGACCAUCCUGCUGUGCUACUUCCACCUCUGCGCUGAAGACUACCACUGGUGGUGGCGCGCCUUCCUCAGCUCGGGCUCCACCGCCGGCUACCUCUUCGUCUACUGCUGCCACUACUUCGUCACCAAGCUCAACAUCGAAGAUGCCGCCUCCACCUUCCUCUACUUCGGGUACACCUUUAUCAUGGUGUUCCUGUUCUUCCUCCUCACCGGCACCAUCGGAUUCAUGGCCUGCUUCUGGUUUGUCAGGAAGAUCUAUAGCGUUGUUAAAGUUGAUUAAAGUGUUUGUGAAUUCCAGA